AUGGAGAACAGCAAGCAGCCAGUGAAGGAGGUGCUCCCCCUGCCUCGCCACCCUGCUUCACUUCCUGUGACCUCUUCCUCUCUGACCCCUGCUGCCACUUCAAAAAAACACACCACAGGCUCCAUUCAGCACAUACAGGUGGCCUCCUCAGUGGUGACAUCGUUCAGCCAUCUGAAGCCUCCAGAGAGGGAUCUCACCCUGAUGUCUCAGAUGAAGUCUAUCAAGUCUCUGAGGCAUGCUGGCUUAACCGCGGUCUUCACUGGACCAACGAGGCUUGACAGUGAGGAGGUUUUAGAGGAGGUACCAAUCGUUGACGUGAUCCUGGCCGACAUUGACACCCUGGUGCCCACUCAUGACGAAGCCGGCUGCCCCAUAGCAGAGUGGAAGCGACAGGUGAUGGUGCGGCAGCUGCAGGUCAGGCUGCAGGAUGAGGAGGAAGAGAGGAGACAGGACAUGACUAAUGGUUACACACCAGUGGAUGGCUGGAAAUACUCCCAAGCCCACAAUGCAGUCUUGGGGCCUUUUGGUGAGCUCCUCACUGAGGACGACCUGGUGUAUCUGCAGCAGCAGAUUGAUAAUGUUUCACUGCAGAAACGCUGCCAGGCCUAUGAGCUGGAGCUGACCAGGCUGACUGAGGAGCUGAGGGCCAUUUUACCUGAUCCCAUUGUCAACAUCUCCCUUAACAAAGAGGUGCUACAACAGAUGGAUGCAGAGGGGAAAAUGCACCUGACUUUGCCUACCUGGUGCAGUCGUGUUUCAGAGAUUGUCAAGAGUAUGUCUCUACUGGUGGCUAACCUGACCCAAACCACAGAAGAUGGCGCACAUGUGGAGACCUCUAGUGGAUGUAGGAUACCUCACAUAGGUAUGGCGUCUGCUUUUAGCCAUCGUUUGGAGACCAACAGCUACAGCAGAGUACGGAGAGAGAGGGUGGAGAGGGAGAUCCAACAGUCUGGAGUGUCUGUCAGAAACCUCAGAUCAAACUUUGAGGGUCAGAUCGGUGGUAUUUAUCCCUUUGCUGGGGUUGUGAAAGGAGGCCAGGGGCUGAAGAACCAGGUAAUGGCUGAGGCCUCCGGAGGAAACAAGAAUGCCAGCACAGGCCUCAGCUGUGAGGCGAGCCAUCGUGAUACUUCUAAAAAACUUGUGCCUGUGAUGGAGACCACCAGCUUAAGGAAAGAGCGUAUAGUGGUGCUGUUCCUGAGCCACUGGAAGAAGUCUGCAUAUGCUAUUUCAGUGAGAGCAGCAAGGCAAAGACCAGGACAGGAGGCAGAGUCAGGGAGAGUGACAGCAGCACCACCCCAACAGAGAAUAACCUCCAUGUUUCAGUUCUGCCAACAACGUGGCGCUGUAGACAAGAUGCUAAACUCCUGGAGGAAUAAACUAGAACCCAAAGAGGGGCAAAAGUCCCGUUUGUUCUCCUCCGACUCACAAAAACCACCCUCUCGCGUAAUCUACUCCCCAGAGCAAUUCCUGCCCGAUGUGGACGGUGUUGCGGUGAGCCACGACAGCUUGACCCUCGACCUCUUCAUGCUGGGAUACUUCCAUAUCUUAGAGCAAGAACUGUUACCCGAGGAGAGGAAGAUGAGGCAUCUCCUCUGCUUUGAAGUCUUUGACCAUGUUGGCAGUUUCCCCUGGGAGACGGUGAGGGACUUCCACAAGGCUGUUCUCCAGGAAAUUCAGGCUGGGAGGCGACAGUGGAGUGACGGCUUCGAGGACAUCAAAGUUCGCUUCUUUGGGGAAUCAAGACCAUGCCGCAGUCCAUCAUCACCACCACCACCAUCAUCAUCAUUGUUGCCAGAUUCCAGACUAGUACCAAAAGUUAUAGUUCAAGCUGCUACUCCAGAUGAGUGCAGCAGUGACACAGACGUCUGCUGUUUCAACAACGAAGACAUUUGUAAAUACAUUGAUCGCAGCUUUGCUUUCUGGAAAGAGAAGGAGGCAGAGCUGUUUGAUUUUGAACAUUAG